CCGGAGAGCGGAGGACUAUCAGUGGGGGAAGAACAGUGUGGCUGAACGGAACCGGAGCAACCAAAACGGACGCGGAGACAAAGUUGGGGCAGUGGGGAGGGGGGGAAGUGCUAUCCGAACUGAGCAUCCUCGCUCGGGGGGAUCCGGGCCGGGGAUGGCGGACGGGGCCGAUCUGAUUGAUAUUUACGCCGAGGAGGAGUUCAUCCAGGAGUCGGAGUUUGCUGCUGAGCAGGUAGACCUGUAUGAUGAUGUGUUGGCUGUGCCAGCGAUUUCCUCCUCGCAUGUUGAGAGCAACAGGAACAGCAGUGCCCUGGAACCAACAUCUCCAGUACAGAGCACUUCUCCUAUGUCAAACAACAAGACUCCUGAAGUCCUGUACCACAGUGGGCGCAACAGGGUGUCCAUGUACAUCGGAAACUUCUCGUGGUGGACAACAGAUCAGCAGCUGCUUGCUCUAAUCCGUUCCGUGGGCAUCAAGGACCAUGUGGAAAUAAAAUUUGCAGAGAAUAGAGCUAAUGGCCAGUCCAAAGGGUUCGCUGAAGUCAUCCUCUCGUCUGAAUCCUCCAUGAACCUUAUACUAGAGCAUUUGCCUCAGAAGAAGCUGAAUGGGAAGAAGCUGGAUGUGAGACCAGCCAAUCGUCAGAAUCUGUCCUUCUUUGAAGCACUUUCACGCAAGAAGAUUCCACCUCGAGCCAAUUCAAAGAGCUCUUCAGACUUAACAGAUGGGUCUCCUACCUCAGGAGAGCCUACAAUGGUGUCACCUCAAGCCGAGGCUCCAAAAAGGAUUAUGCCGUUGCUCUCCAACACCUGCUAUGCUGAGGCUCCUUCUCGCAUCCCUGUUAUGACCCUUCAGAGACCCACUAUGACUCUUCCUCCUCCUCAGUCUCCCGGACUGCCUGCUGCGUACCGGCCACCCCCUAUUCCCCCUUUACACUAUACCCAUUUAAUGCCUCCACCUCCUAGGCUGCUGCCACCUCCACUAGGCAUGCCACCACCUGGCGGUGUGCCACCCGCCCUCCAUCUAAACCCUGCCUUCUUUCCCCCUCCCAAUUCUGUCCUUGGUCCCCCACCGGAACCGUUCAAGGUGAUUCCCAACCCCUAUAUACAUGGCCGGUAAGUGAUGCUGAAGUGAUUGCUAAAGUUAUGUACGGGGCUUAUUCUGGCUUUUAGUAAUUCAAAGCUUGAGGCUUCGUCACUUUAUUAGAUUUUAUCAUUUGGGAGGGGGGGAUAUUGUAAUUCCAGAGCAUAUAUCUAAGUGUUGCAAUGUCAUUCCAUUUAUAUUAGCAAAUGUAUGAACCAAUACACAGGACUUUAUUACUAAGCUGAUUUAGUAAAGAUCCACUGGAGUUAUAAUAAUAAUGAUGAUGAUGGUUACCCUUAAAUAUGUAGCAAGUUAUAUAAUGGACGUUGUCACUGUGCAUAGCAGAUACCUGAGCACACACGUCACAGUCGUCCUAUUAUAGUAGCAUUAUUCUAAAUGGUAGCAGUAUAACUGAACACUUUGAGGUUUUGAAUGCUCUGAAUCAGGGCUGGCCAAAAUUUUCCAUAUUGUGUUCUAGUUAUCAGCUAUGUUUGGGGCCUGACCCUUUGUAAAUAUUACGGCAUGCUGGGAUUACUUUCUGCUAUGAUACUACAUUUUAUGAGAUGAUGUUUAGUCUGUUCAGUGUAACUGUGCUUAUGUUUUGCAGAGAUCCAAAAGGGCCUUUUCCUCCGGUAAGUGAAGCAGAGUUCGAAGAGUUAAUGAACAGAAAUCGUGCAAUCUCUAGGAGUGCUCUCUCUAAUGCUGUAUGCGGGGCAACUUCAGGGGAUUAUGCAAACGCCAUUAAAACUCUAGAAACAGCUAUUGCUGUGAUUAAGGAGUCACGUGUGGCCAAUGACGAUCGCUGCCGAGUCCUGCUCACCUCCCUUAAAGACUGUUUGCAUGGGAUUCAGGACAAAGCCAACUCUUCCAGGAAGAGACACCGCUCCAGAGAUAGAUCUCCAAGCCGAUCAAGGGAAGGCAGCAGCCGGCGUCACAGGGACUCACACGACCGAUCAGACGAAUACUACCAAGAGCGCCACCGUGACAAAGACCGACACCGCUAAAAGGGGGCUGGUAGCACUCUUCAGACUGGAAGGGAUUCAUAAUCAUUUCUGGUACCACCCCAGCAUUUCACUUUGAAUUUCUUUUCAGGUCUCCAUGAUGCCACACAGAUUUGUUUUUCGUUUUUUUUAACUAAAGGACUCGCAUUGUGACCUAAUGAAGCUUGCCACUCUCAUCUCUUAUAGUGACUUCUCCCUUUGUUACUCAUGGGAUUUUAUUCCAGUUCAUGCAGGGACCAACCUGUCUCCUUCAAGCACAGCUUUUCCACCAGCUCCCAAACCCAGCAGUCUUUUGUCGGCACCUCCAAAGAGGCUGAGGCUUCUCCCUAUCAUGAGUCUCCGUUUCCUUCCCUUCUAAUGGAAGUGUUUGGGACAGAGUCAGGGCUUGCUUAUGAUAGCAGUCCAUAAGAGAAUCUCUAUUUUUUUUCUUUUUUGCACUCUUCUAUGUUCUUUCUUUCCGUAGUUUGUUCCUCUCAGCAUCUAAUUGUAAAGAGACAGCUGUUUAAUUCAUUUGUGAACCAGAGCAAGCUUCAAGUCACUGUAAGACAGAGCAUCUAACUACAUUGUAUCUGUCCGGUGUGCAAACUGUUGCUGAGGGCAUUGCUCAUAUACUGAUUCCACAUCGGAAUGUGUUUCGGACAGAUGUUGAAAAAGAUUUUUCUCUACCUGUGCCCACCCUCUCUCUUAUCAUGUUCAUUAUAAUGAGUCUGGUGGAAGGAGCUGCGGUAACCUGCUGUGCUGGGAAGGUUGGGCAAAUAUUAGGUUGUUUUUUUUUUUUGUUUUGUUUUUUUACCAUAUCCGAAUGUUUAGUUGUGCAUUUUAUGGAGGGGCACUGUAAUAGCUUAAGGGAAGCCCUGCGUCACCCCCUCUGGCGGGGAAUUAACCCUCCCAACACCAUCAGUUGCUCCUGUUCAUUUACCCCGCCUGGAACUUGUGGAAUAAAUUGAUUAUGUUGUCAAACUU